AUGAGCUACGAGAUUCAGCCUAUAGUGAAAGGCACGAAGCGUGACCCGGAAGCGAAACGGUACAACAAGGCGGCGGGUAAGGGUCCCUUUGGCCCAUUUCCUCCCGGUUAUGCGCUGAAGAAGGAGAAACCACAAACUGAGAUCCUUGAUGAGCCAGUUGAGGUGCAGGGUGUGAAGUUUGCAUACAAGGGAACUAAACACGGAUUCGGCGGCGCCACCACCUCCUUGUACAAGGGCCGGCCUCACAAUACAUCCUCGGAUGCCUUCUCGACUAACGGUGCAGGGAAGAAUAAACCACCAAAGGCUGGCGCAUUCAAACGUCGCCUGAUUCCCCCAACUGAGUUUCGCCGGUACUACGAUCGUGGAGACCUACCGUUAGCCGUGUCGCACGGGAGCCGGCCCAGCGUUGACUGGAAGGUAGAGGUUGAGCGGCUCGACUACCAUCACUACCUUCCCAUCUUUUUUGAUGGCAUCCGCGAAACGGAAGAGCCGUACAUGUUCCUUGCCCGCCAGGGCUGCCUGGAUCUUCUUAAGCGAGGUGGCCCAAAAAUUCUCCCGACGAUCCCACAACUCAUCAUUCCAAUCAAGACUGCGCUAAACACGCGUCACCCGGAGAUCAUUUGCGCGACCCUGCGCAUCCUGCAGCAGUUGGUGGUCAGUGGUGACCUCGUUGGCGAGGCGCUGGUGCCGUACUACCGGCAGAUCCUGCCAAUGCUCAACCUCUUCAAGAGUCGCCAUAAGAACCGUGCACGCGGAGAUGCGGUGGAUUUUGGCCAGAGGAAGCGCGAUGACGUAGGCGACUUGGUGGAGGAAACGCUCCAGCUGCUGGAGAUUCAUGGCGGCGAUGACGCGUACAUUAACAUCAAGUACAUGGUGCCGACCUACGAAAGCUGUGUGUUUAGCUAG